AUGGCACCAAACCGUCCUGUCGAACGCGCUGCGACCAGCAAAAAACCACAUUCUGAUGGCUCCGCCAUUAAGAAACGCAAAGGCUUCUCCGUCGGCCCUGCAAACCUACCCGACGGAACCUAUCGUCGCAAAGCCCAAAAAAUAAAAGCCGAUCUCAUCCAGAAAGCAAAGGUCAAAAAGGCCUAUGCGAAAGUAAAAGCCGCGGAGCUCGCCGCACCUCAACCAAAGCAAUUCUACCUCGAACGUGAAGAGCAAGAAGGACAGGAAGGAAACAAAGGUCAGAGUGACGAGUCUGCGGCGAGUUUAGAGCUUCACCCGGAUCGACAGGCAAUGCUGGAUACUCCCGACGCGGAACCUGAGCGGGUAGAAAGAAGGAAAGAAGGACAGGGAGAGCGAAGAGGCCGGAAACCAAAGCGAGGGGCUUUUGCGAAGGAGUUGGAGAUCGCGGAAAAGAGGAGGCAGGCAGCUGAGAAGAAGAGGGAGCAGCGGGAGUUCAGGGCCAAGGAUAGAGAGGCUAUGGUCAGAGCGAAGCGGCCCGAUCAGAAUGGAAAGAGAAGACUGGGCAGGGAGAGUAAAGUGUUGCUCAAUCGGGUUCAGAGGUUGGUUGCGGAGUCUGCCUAG